AUGCCUGACGAACCGAGCGAACAACCACCACAAUAUUCCGAGAUUGCUCCUCCUAGCAACAAAGGAGGCGGUUCUUCCCAGUCCAGGGUCGGCCAAUCCAGCUCUCAAAGGAGAAAUACGCGAACUCAGCCAGGCAAUCGACGUCCACAGAGUGACGAUUCCGUUGAUGAUCCACGAACUUUAGGUCCCGAGGAUAACGAUAGAAUACGCCGUGGAGAUUUAACCAACCGCGACCGAACAGCAAGUGACGAUUCCGUCGAAGACCUGCGAAUUGCAUUUGCAGGACUCGGAGCUGGAGGUAGAGCGCACCACCGGAAUUCUGCUAACCGCGGCCGCUUCCCGCACCUGGAUGAUUCCAUUGAUGAUUUGCGCCUCACACUUAUACCAGUCGGAGCCGGGGAUGGAACGCGCCACAGGGAUUUUGCCAGUCCUCACAUGCCGUCUUGUUUCAACCCUUGCUGCCAUGCUGGCUAUCCAGUCGUUCAGCAUCCCGAUGACAUUGGCGGUGAAGGGUUGAUAUUUUGUGACUUGGAUAGACACUGCCUGUCGCUAUCUGAGAUGGUGAGUGAACAGCUACCGGGCUAUGGGUUGGUGAUUGUGGGCCCUAGACCUCCUUUCCUGGGUUUCGAAUCGGUCCGUCCACCAAGGGUUCAUUUCUUGGUUGGCGCAGUUGGUAAGCUGCGUCUGUAUUAUCCGGGGCCUAUAAUGGUUUCCCUUUUGGCGCGGUGUUUCCAAAUCUGCCCUCUGGAGAUUGAAGAUUGGGUCACGGAUUUUGGAUUUUUUGAAGACAGUCGUGGGUAUCUCUAUAUUAAUCCAUCUGUCGUUCCCUGGGCUGUCGCCAACGACAUUGCGGACGUCUUUGACCCGAUCUGA